UCGACGUGUCAUGCAAGUACUGUCGUGGACUGCCGUGGCCGCCGCGAUGGGGGUGGUGGAUGCGUAUGUGGCUCCCUUCCAGGAAUCGAUACUGUCUCCGUACAUGAGUCAACUGCGGUGGUCUGUGAAUAAUCCUAUGAUCUGCCAAGGGGUUCUCGUCGGUCCCACCUUUGUCCUCGUUACUCGAGCGUGCGCCGAUAUUGACAACGGGGUUGCAGCGAACACCGUAGGUGCGAGCAAACUGGUCGUGGGGGCUACGUACAUAGACCGCGGGCUGGACGACGGCGAAUGGAUCCCCGUGCUCAAGAAACACUACAGUACCAACGCCACGGUGGAAUUUGCAAUGAUCGAAUUGGCUCGACCUUCCAAGUACCCGCCAGUGCGAAUCCUGUGGGACGACGUCGUGCCUGGCUCAUUGGUGUGGCUGCGUGGGUGGUUCCCCCUGAUCCAACACGAACCCCUGAACACCCUCAAGGCCAUCACGGUUCAAAUCCUUGCCAACGACAAGUGUGAGGCCCUACUCAAUCGCCGCAUGUACGAGUACCAAGUGUGCGCAGACAACGACAACAUUAACUACUGCACUUGGAGAAUUUAUGGAUCCCUCUUGAUCGAGAUCGAUGGAAGCGACUACCUUGUUGGCAUGGCAUCGUUUGCCAACUGCGUUGUCACGCCCACGUGGCAGAGAUUCAACCGCGUCUCGGCCGGUCGCUCCUUCAUCGAGCCAUUUCUGUGCAACGGAACGUAGCGGCAUUUUCGGGGGGGGG